AAAAUAUCUGCUGGACAGAGUAAAAGUAAACAAAAAGGAAAAGAAUACAAUUAAAGAAAAUCCCAAUAAAAUAAUAAUUUUUUUUCUUGAAAUCCUAUUAUAAUGCCAUGGCUUUGAAGUCUGAUAAGUUUUUUAGGAGGCAUUCAUUUGAUGCAUUGAAAACAAGGAAACCCAAUUGUGUAAAGAGUGAGAAAGCAGAAAUGGGGAAGUCAGUGAAGUUUGAAGGUAUAAGUGAGGAAUUGCAGAAGAUAAUAGAUGCUAAUAUGGACAAAGUGGGAGCAAGACGUCAUGCUAGGGAUGCUUUUAAGGAUAUUCAGUUGUCAAUUGAUCAUUGUCUCUUUAAGAUGCCACAUGCUAGAUUGAAGAUGAAGGAGUCAUAUGAGGUUAAUUCUCGAGGACUAGAGAUCUUCUCUAAAAGUUGGCUUCCAGAGACAAUCCCCCCCAAAGCCAUGGUAUACUUCUGUCAUGGUUAUGGUGAUACAUGCACAUUUUUUGUUGAAGGCAUUGCAAGAAAACUAGCAUCUUCCGGUUAUGGAGUAUUUGCCAUGGAUUAUCCUGGAUUUGGUCUUUCAGAAGGUCUUCAUGGCUAUAUACCAAGUUUUGACAAGUUAGUUGAUGAUGUCAUUGAGCAUUACUCGAAGGCGAAAGAAAAUCCAGAGAUAUGCAACCUACCAAGCUUCCUAUUUGGGCAAUCAAUGGGUGGAGCAGUAGCUCUGAUGGUGCACAUGAAGCAACCUGAUGCAUGGAACGGCGCUGUUCUUCUCGCACCGAUGUGCAAAAUUGCAGAUGACAUGGUACCACCAUGGUUAGUUACACAAAUUCUAGUGGGCAUAGCAAAAUUUCUUCCAAAGCAAAAGCUAGUUCCGCAGCAGGAUCUAGCAGAGUUAGCAUUCAGAGAUGUGAAGAAGAGAGAGCAGGCUGCUUAUAAUGUCAUUGCUUACAAGCACAAACCCCGUCUACAAACUGCAGUGGAGUUAUUGAAUACCACCCAAGAAUUAGAGAAGCAACUAGAUAAGGUCUAUCUGCCAUUGCUAAUAUUGCAUGGAGAGAAUGAUAGAGUGACUGAUCCAUCCAUCAGCAAAGCAUUGUACGAGAAGGCAAGUAGUUCGGACAAGAAACUGAUCCUUUAUAAGGAUGCGUAUCAUUCUUUGCUCGAGGGUGAGCCGGAUGAGAUGAUACUUAAAGUUCUUGGUGACAUAAUUUCUUGGUUGGAUGAGCAUACUUCCUAGUAAUUACUUCUCCAAUUUUUAUUUUUUUCAUUUUUGUUCUGCCCAUUUUUUCAUGGAUUAGGAAGGCAAGGGAUAGAGCUGAAGUAAGAAACUAAGAUUUAACCUGAUGUACUUCCUGCCCCUCUAUUUUUUUUUUCAACUUAUUAUUUUGUAAAGAAAAAAUAUUGAAGAUUUGAAUGUUCUAUAUGAUAUAAAAAGCAAUGCUUCUAUC